AUGGAAAGUGCAAGUGCAAGUGGAAGUAAUAAUAGUUUGGGUGGAAGUUGUUGUAAUGGAGACACUAGCAAUGCUAAAGUCAGUAGUAUGACACAGUUACCGAUGGCUGCAACAGGCGACACUAUUAUCUUUGCGAGAAUAGACAAUGGGGAACAACAUCAUGAUGGAGAUAGACAUCAUGACCAUGCUCCCGAUAAUAGAAACAUCCAUCAUCAUCACCAUGGACAUCAUUCACAUCCAACCUGUGGAUACACUGUAAAGGAUGAAUAUGAUCAGCCAAAAUCUACCGAUAAACCUAAACAUGAUCACCACGACCAUCACCACAAACACGAUCAUGAUCAUGAACAUAAGCAUAAACAUAAAGAUGGAGAGGGACAUGAGCAUAAACACAAACACAAACAUGACCAUGAACAUAAGCAUGGAGAAGGUCAUGAACAUAAGCAUAAACAUAAAGAUGGAGAGGGACACGAACAUAAACACAAACACAAGCAUGACCACGACCAUGACCAUAAACAUGACCAUGAUCAUAAACACGAUCAUAACGAUGGAGAAGGUCAUGAACAUAAGCACGAUGAUCAUGAUGAUCAUGAUCACAAGCACAAACACAAACACGAACAUAAACAUAAACACAGUCACGAGCAUGAAGUUGGAGACAAUAAAGCAGAUCAAGCAGAUGUAGAUGGAGUAGUUCAAAGCCAUAAACACAAGCAUGACCACGACCAUGAGCAUAAACAUGACCAUGAACAUAAACAUAAGCAUCACGACAAGGAUAAACAAAUUAAAAAACUUAAAGAUCAAGUAGAUUAUUUAUCAACGACACUAUCUUUGUUGACAAAGAAAUUUGAAGAGGCAACAGUGUUCAAGAAAACUCAAAGAAAAUAUAGAUUUGGAUAUGCAGAUUGCUGCCUGUUCCCAAUGGAUUCUCCAUCUCCGGUGAUCAGUGCUUCCUACCAAUCUGGAAAGCUAGCAACCGGUAGCUCCGAUAAAUCAGUACGACUCUGGGAUUGCGAGACACAUAAACCGCUGAUGGCAAUGACUGAACAUACAAGUGGUGUCAACAGUGUACAGUACAACCAACAAGACAAUAUUAUUCUGAGUGCAAGUUGGGACAAGACCGCCAAGGUCUGGGAUCCACGUUCCGGAAAAUCGGCUAUCAUGACUCUCAAAGGACAUACCAAUGGAAUUAGAAGUGUAGUGCAACGAAAGCCUGGAUCUAUUGUCACUGGUUCCGCUGACAAGACCAUCAUGGUUUGGGAUCUGGCAACUCAGACUGCUACACAUACACUCAAGGGACACAGCAACGGUAUCUACCAAUUGAACAUGAACAACUCGUAUCUACUCAGUGCAUCCGGUGACAAUACAGUGCGUCUUUGGAACGUCGACAACUCAGAGACCGUCAAGACAUUGAAUGGACACGAGAGAGAUGUCUAUUGUAUACACUCGUACGGUUCGAUCGUUGCGUCGUCCGGUGCCGACAAGCAGACUAGAGUAUGGGACUUGUCGAGUGGACAAUGUUUAUACUCAAUCAAACACCAGCAUAUAGUUGGCUCUCUCAAGAUCGGUGUAGAAGGUAAAUACUUGUUCUGUGGACAUGGUAAUGGUGAUAUUGCAAUCUACAAUCUAAAGGAUAGCUCGCCACUUCGUGUACUCCGUGGACACACCGAAAUCAUCAACGGAAUCGAACUCUGGGAGAAUGGAAUGAUUACUGUAUCCUCUGCAGCAGAUUCUAUUAAGCUUUGGAGUUUCUGUGAAUAA